CGCACCAGCGGCCAAUUCGAGGUCCAUUGGGUUGGGCAGAGGGUGGCAGAGCCUCGAAAUCUCACACCUCGGCCAGAAAUAACCGCGAGCACCACUUGUCCUGCCUAUAUACGUAGAACCUCACCUACCCCCGCCCACGACCACCAACAUCUCGCUGCACUGCCUUACACUCGAUCAGCACCCUGCCUCAGGGUGUUGGUGCGCGUAACAUUCCGCCAGUAUGAUUCAACUCAAGACGAUGCUUAAUUGCAUCGACAACUCGGGCGCCGCCCUAGUAGAGUGCGCGCUCGUCGUCGGCCAGAAGAGGCACGCGACGAUUGGCGACCGCAUCGUAGCCAUCGUGCAGAAGCAGCGCGGCGCCAGCGACGCCGGCAUGGGCGCCGCCGCCGCCGCCAACAAGGUCAAGCGCGGCGACAUCCGCCACGCCAUCGUCGUCCGCACCCGCAAGCAGGUCCAGCGCCCCGACGGCAGCGUCGUCCGCUUCGGCGACAACGCCUGCGUCCUCGUCAGCAAGGCCGGCGACCCCAUCGGCACCCGCGUCAACGGCGUCGUCGGCGCCGAGCUCCGCCGCCGCGGCUGGAGCAAGAUCCUCAGCAUGGCUCCCGCCCACGCGUAGACUUGUGAUCCCCCUCGCCUCGCGCUACCACCCGACCCCCUUUCGUAGCGACGGCCCGAUCGCCCGCGGCGACCUUACGAUUACCUGCUAUGGUUACGCCCGCUAUGACGGUUGUUGCGUAGCUGGCCAGCACGGAGGAAAGGCAUACCUGGUUGGGCUGCUAGAAGAACUGGCCACUAUAGAAGCACAAGAAAUGGAGAUAAAAGGGCGAAGGAAGCAGGGAGAGCAAGGCGUCAAGGAAAAAAAAUUUACGAUUCUUAAUCACGGCGGGCAUGGGCUGACGAGGCAUCUUACCACCAGGGAACCCGCAGUUUUAUGCACUGUCCCGGGCGCGCAUCUAGCUGGCGUUGAGAGAGCGAAUCGGCAUUCUUGCAAAAAUGUUCCCCAUACAACUUCGAGAAAUCAUAGUAUCACGACUGAAAAUAAAAAUAAAAAUAAAGCAUCACCGCUUCGUGUUAAACC